AUGCCUUCAACCUCCAAGAGCCCAAUGGGAUCUCUACCAGGAAAAUCAGAGCAGAAUCCCAAAGAGUAUUGCAAUGUUAUCCUCUCUACUACUUCUGAGAUUGAGUUGAGUGAUCAUGAGAAAGAGAAAGAUCAGAUUGAAAGGCUCAUGUAUGGAACAGAAGUUGUUUCCAAGGCUGAAGCACAGAUUGUGGAGAAGGUUGAGGGAAAGGUUUUGCAACUAGUUAGACACAAGGCUGAGAAACUGGUUAUUGGGAAAGUUGUCACGCAAUUGAAGGAGGUUCAGCUAGAAGAAGCUCAUGUGGUUGAGCAAUCACCUUAUGACAAGUUCCCAUUUCCACAAAGGUUCCUCACUAAAGCACAAAAGAAGGUGAUCUCCAAGUUCAGAAAAGACAUGGGAGAUGUAGGAGUCAAUUUUCCACAGAUAUCAAAUAUGCAUGAUGCUCAUGUCCAAAUGAUGCUCAUCAAGGACAUUCUAGCUCACAAAGAAGAAGUAGGAGAGCUCUUAAACAUCUCUACUAUGCAGCUUGAUCCACCAGUCACACCAAAGUCUAUUCCAAAACUAGAAACCCAAGGGAAGUUCACCUUGUCUUGCUCCCUUGUCAAAUCUCCAAUGAUGAAUGUUGAGUACUGUGGAACCAUCACUUGUGGAAAAGAAGGUCUUGAUGGAGAGUUUUCUAGAAAGAUGUGUGAAGAGCACUUGGAAAGUGCUACAAAGGAGGAGGUGAGUAGAGCCACAAAGACUGCUCAUGGCAAGAAGAAGAUGAUGAAAGAACCUCACCCUCCACCUUUUGAUAAGAUGCCACACACUCUCACUCUUCACUCAAUGAAGUUCAAGGAUGGAGCUAUUGAGUACAAGAUCAAAUGCAAGGGGAAGUCUACACCAUUCUCAAAGAACAAGGUUUUAAUUAAACUUGGUCUAUUGGUUGUGCGAGGGUUGAGGAUGUGCUUGGAAGAAAGGUAUCUGAAGAAUCACAUCAAAGCUUAUGUCUUUCAUUUCACAGUUGAGAAGAGUCAACAACCAAUCACUCAAAACCCUUAUCAGCCUGUCCCUCGUGAGCCAACUGUUGAAGUCUCUGCGUUGGAUGCCUCUAUGUUCGGUUCACAAUGGGCCGAAGAUGGCAACGAAGAUGCAGAGAUCUUGUCUGACCGUAAAGAGAGAAGAAAAUGGUCACCAACAGAAGAUGGGGUGCUGAUAAGUGCUUGGCUGAACACCUCGAAAAACCCAAUGGUUGGAAAUGAGCAGAAAGCAGUUGCGUUUUGGAAACGCAUUGCUGCUUAUUUUGCUGUGAGUCUAAAGCUGGAUGGCGCGCAAAAGAGGAAGCUAACACACUGUAAAGCGAGAUGGAUUAAGAUUAAUGAGGGCGUGUGUAAGUUUGUUAGGUGUUAUGAAGCGGCAACGAAGCAGAGAUCGAGUGGACAGAACGAGGAUGACGUUUUGAAGUUGGCUCACAUGAUUUUCUUCAAUGAUCACAAGGCCAAGUUCACACUAGAGCAUGCCUGGUUAGAGCUACGCUAUGAUCAGAAAUGGAUUGCAUCGUCUGCUACCAAGGAUAAAGUUCAGUCAAAAAGAAGGAAGUUGGAUGACCAGUCAUCAACCUCAGUGCCUGUAAGCCACGGAGAGGAUGAAGCAAUGGCUCGGCCAGAAGGUGUUAAAGCAGCAAAGUCAAAAGGAAAGAAGCCAGAGAGGAAGCAAGCGACUUUGGAAGUGGAAGAGAAGGAGAAGAUGGAGUUUCAACGCUUUUGGGAGAUUAGGCAGAAAGAUUUUGCUUUGAAGGCAACUCUUAACAAACAAAAAUUGCUUGAGAGCCUAGUUGUCAAGUCUGAGCCAUUAAGUGAACUCGAAAUGCAAUUAAAAAAUAAGCUUAUUACUGAUCUGUUAGCUUGA